GCCUCCCGGAAGUUGCCAGCCCGGAGCUGGCCGCACCGCUCCGCGCGGUUCCUGGCUGAGCUGAAGAGGAGUCUCCGGGCGAGAGGAGCCGGCGGAGAGAGAGCCUCAGGGCUGGUUCCGCACGUUCACGUGCCCGGCGCGGAGGGGAGUGAGACCUGGUGACGAUGGCUGGGCCGCAGCCCCUGGCGUUGCAGCUGGAACAGCUGUUGAACCCGAGACCGCGCGAGGCAGAUCCAGAGGCCGACCCAGAGGAGGCCACUGCUGCCAGAGUGAUUGACAGGUUUGAUGAAGGGCAAGAUGGGGACGGUGACUUGCUGGCUGUGGGCAGUAUUAGAAAACUGGCAUCAGCCUCCCUCUUGGACACAGACAGAAGGUAUUCUGGCAAGACCAUCUCUAGAAAAGCCUGGAAGGAAGACCAUUGGGAGCAUCCUCCAUCUGGUUCAUCUGACAAGGAAAUAUCUGAUGAAGAAGAGUCUGGAGAUGGCGAUUCCGAGGGGCUGGGUCUGGAGGAAUCUGAUGAGGAUGCUAUGAGUGCUGCUGAGGAACAGGACAGUGGUGACGAUGGGGACAGUAGUCAGGCCUGGAGGAAGGGGAGCAGAAGCCACUCCAAGAAAACGCCAGGCUUCAGUAUCCAGCACAUUAGUGACUUUGAAAAAUUUACUGAAGGAAUGGAUGACCUUGGUAGCAGUGAGGAGGAGGAAGAUGAAGAGGAGGAGAGUGGCAUGGAAGAAGGCGAUGGGGAAGAAGACUUCGAGGGUGCCAGUGAGGAAGACGGGGCUAAAGACAAGAACAGUGAAGAUGAUGGCGUGGUGAUGACCUUCUCCAGUGUCAAAGUUUCCGAGGAAGUGGAGAAAGGCAGAGCUGUGAAGAACCAGAUAGCACUGUGGGACCAGCUCUUGGAAGGAAGGAUCAAACUACAAAAAGCUUUGUUGACUACCAAUCAGCUUCCUCAACCAGAUGUUUUCCCUAUUUUCAAGGACAAAGGUGGCCCAGAGUUUGCCAGCGCCCUAAAAAACAGUCACAAGGCAUUGAAAGCACUGUUGAGGUCAUUGGUAGACCUUCAAGAAGAACUGCUUUUCCAGUACCCAGACACUAGGUAUCUUGUAGAUGGAACAAAGCCCAAAGCAGAAAGUGAGGAGGAGAUUUCCAGUGAGGAUGAGGAGCUAGUAGAAGAGAAGAAGAAGCAGAGGAGGGCCCCACCAAAGAGGAAGCUGGAGAUGGAUGACUAUCCUAGCUUCAUGGCAAAGCGCUUUGCUGACUUUACCGUCUACAGGAACCGCACACUUCAGAAGUGGCAUGAUAAAACCAAGCUGGCUUCUGGAAAACUGGGGAAGGGUUUUGGUGCCUUUGAACGCUCAAUCUUGACUCAGAUUGAUCAUAUUCUGAUGGACAAAGAAAGAUUACUUCGAAGGACACAGACCAAGCGCUCCAUCUACCGAGUCCUUGGCAAACCCGAGCCAGCAGCACAGCCUGUCCCAGAGAGUUUGCCAGGACAACCGGAAAUCCUUCCAGAAGCCCCUGCCAAUGCCCACCUGAAGGACUUGGAUGAAGAAAUCUUUGAUGAUGAUGACUUUUACCACCAGCUCCUUCGAGAACUCAUAGAACGGAAGACCAGCUCAUUGGAUCCCAAUGAUCAGGUGGCCAUGGGAAGGCAGUGGCUUGCAAUCCAGAAGUUACGAAGCAAAAUCCACAAGAAAGUCGAUAGGAAAGCCAGCAAAGGAAGGAAACUUCGGUUUCAUGUCCUUAGCAAGCUGCUGAGCUUCAUGGCACCUAUUGACCACACCACAAUGAAUGAUGACGCCAGGACAGAGUUAUAUCGAUCUCUUUUUGGCCAACUGAGCGCUCCCGACGACGGCCGCCGGCAGUAACAGUGCCCGUCUCUCUUGCCGUAAGGCCUUGAGGCAGGGCCUCCGACACCCGGGGGGCACCCUGGCCAGGCAGGCUGCGCACCCAGCCCCGAGGGGAGGAGCCCGCCAGCCCGUGGAGUCAGGGAGUCGGCAGCCCCCUGGGAAGGUGUGCUGUUCAGAGCACGUGCAGAAUGAGUCCCAGGAUGCCCGGAAUCCAGCACCUGUGGGUCCUGUAACCUCCACAAAUAAAGAGCACUCUUUCUGCGCCCGCAAUUUCUUAAGUAGCGAGAAGUCUGAUUGGGGAGGGUUUCCGUUCUGUCCCCAGCGGAAUGGCCUCCUCUCGCAGCGUGAACUUCACGGAAUCGCCUGGGGCGGCGCUGCUCUCUGGGUGGAUAGCACCUCCCCAGCCGUCUGGCUCUGAGGGGCGGGGACGUCCGGAAACCUCUGAGCUGUGCCCCGGAGACUUUGUCACUUAGAAGUAUUUGCCAGUUUGUUGCUAAAUACAGAUCUCUGACUUCAUCUUUGUUUUUUCUUUUCACC